AUGACAUCAGGCCUACACUUCAUCCAGGACCACAUCGACAUGAUCAAGAGUGCGAGAUGGAAGUUUUCGCUUUGGACGACGCUGCAACAUUUGUUUUGGGAGAACCAAGGCGUGCUCAACUCCAUCGAACACCUGCAAGUUUGGACGGGCGAAGCUUCCCAUGAUCGCGAGGUCGACAUCAGCGUCAGCGACAACUUGGUCUUCGAAAACCACAAGGGGGUCACAGUUGACGAGCAACAUGAACGUGCUUACUUCAGUCUGGACCAACGGCGGAAAGCAGAACUCUACCGCACAGCCGUUUUCUCUUACUGUGUUUACAAGUUUGGCCGGAUUGACGUCAUCAAAAGUGCUGAUAAAAAUCCUUUUGAAAUAAAAAGUGCAACAGCGGGAGAGCAUCAUCAUCUGCUGAUGAAAGACUCGGCUGGAGGAGACCAUGGACGUGUAGACCACUUCGCACACGUUGUGGAGUUUGGUCACUAUAUCGCGGCAACGCAUGCUCAUCCUGCGUACAUGAUUUUGCGAGACGACUCGUUGCAGGCUGUUGUUGUGGUUGUUCAAGGGACUGCAACCCUCGGAGACGUCAAAACAGACGCACACUUCGGAAACUGCUGGGUGAAGUUGGCGGACUUCGGCGUCGGCGACGAGGACAAACAUCACCAUUUCGUCGACAAAGAAGGGCGGGUGAAAUACAACUCACAUCACCCGGCCGUGCAUAAACACCACGACAAGAACGAGCACCACAAUCAUCACGAGGACCACAUCUGUGCUGAGCACAAUAGGGUACACAAUCCAGACCCCAAGACGAUGAUAAGGGUGCACGAGGGUUUCUUCAAAGCAGCGCACUACAUCAGCUACAAGACGUUCAAUGAUGUGCACGCCUUGAUGUUGAAGAAACACCCCAAUUACAAAAGCGUGAUCAUCACGGGGCACUCUCUCGGUGCAGGAGUAGCGCAGCUGGUGUACGCGAUGUGGCGCGGUCAGAAAGUGUUUCACGACAUCGAUCACGCUCGUCGUGAACAAAAGAAACAAAAACAUACUCAAGCCGAGGACAAGCAUGAGCACGACCAUCACCCUAUCGAAGUCAAGUGCUACGCCCACGCGAACCCGGGCAUGAUCAGUACCCACGCGCAAAUGCACCAUUUGAAGGAAAAGGCCAAGAGCAAGGAGAUCAUCGAGGACCGUGACGAGCUUUUCCCGGUGAAAUCGUUUCUGUCGGUCAUAUGCACUUCAAAUACAACGACUGGGUCUAGUAGUGGAGUUCGCUUGUUUAUUGUCUGCAAUUGAGAUACGGGACCGUCUUCGAGUCGAAGAUGGUCCCGUAUCUGGAUUGCACGCGUAGGCCUUACGGGUCUAUCGAAGGCUUUUCAAUGCUUAUUCUCCAGUGGAAGUUCGCUCAGUGUGUCGAAAGAACUGGAUAACUUUGAAUGUGUACCAAUGUAAACACACCAGAUUUUGUUGUUCGUGUGACCCAGAAACAGAAUUAGCAUCAUGGACGUAGACGUGCAAUUUUCCAGCAGAUUCAGACAUCAUAUUUGCAAUGCAUAGGUGAUUGCCGGUGACGAUAUCAUCCCGCGUGGGAACUACCCGCAGCGGAUGCUGAAAAUGGCUGCAACGGCGCUCGAAAUCCUAUCGGACGAGCCGGUUUCCGAAGAAUGGACGAUCGAACAUGCCCGCAACAUCUGGACGAAAGUCGACGCAGCCCAAUCGAAAGUACUACACACCAAGAAAGAUGCUCAGUCUGGUGGUGCAUUACCCUCGGGGCAGGUGAUGCUCUAUUUGCCAGGUCCUCCAGAACCAGAACCCGCAGCAGCAGAAGAAGGGAAAACAGGACACCAGGCAACAGAUGGUGAAUCGUUUCCCUGGGAGCCUGCGAAAAGUGUGGCUGCUGACGGCGAGGAGGAAAAGCAGAGAAGCCGUAUGGCGGAAAAAUUCGGCUUCGCGUUUGUGGCUUCAGCCACUGUUUUGAAUCCCAUUAUUGGAAUGACCGGCUUUCUUUCGCAUAAGUGUACAAACUACAUUGCGAAAUUGGCAAAGCUCUUUGUUAGUGACGAAACUGGGCUGCUGCUCAAACAAAGUACGCGUCCUGCGUAAUCGUUUUUCUGUCACUCGAUUAGACGCGACGCAGCAUUCUGUGACACAGAAUCUGCGUCGCCCUACGGAACAACCCAUGUUGUUUCAGCAAUUUUAUACUCCUUCGGAAAAGAAAACGACCAUCUUAGAUAAGCCGACAUUACGCUUGAGCAGUAAUUUCCGUUGUCAUUGCGACAGGCAACUACUUUAUAUGCUAGCUACCUAAUUUAUAAUUGUAUCAUCCCUGCUGCAAGAACACAACUUCCUUGUCGUUGCAGCAGUGGUGUUCGAUUAUUAGUGACGGCAGAUCUUUCCGAAAACAUAUCUGUUGGCAGAACUGUUAAAACCGUAGCCAAAAUUUCUCUACAGGUAGAUGCAGUUUAUUCCACGUGCUGAACACAUCUGUUUCAAGAUUGUAUUUCUGUUUCACCACCGCUAGCAGGAAGCAAUAUGCAAUUUUUACUGCGCACGUGAUUGUCCUCCGAUGUAGACAAUAUCCGUGCCUUUUUCAGCGUUUGCGUACGGCUCUGCAUCUAUGGCCCUCCACGGGUUCGGUAUAUUUUCGAAGGUUUUUUCUAUUUAACCCGCAGCUGCACUCAUGUGCGCCGAUUCUAGUAUAUUGUAGAACGUAGAGGUAGAUGUCGUUCGCCGCACACAGUGGGACUUGUCCGUUGUUUGUCUAAAUAUUCUUCACAUAUGCAGCACAAACUUCAGCAAUUCGUGAGAGUUUUCGCAUAGUUUUUUGCGAUAUUCGAAAAUUUUCUCGAGGCGCUCGCCGUCGUGGUUCUGACAUCAUUCUGCCUUUCUACAGGCUAGAUCUCGCAUCGAGUUCUCGCGGAGUUUAGUAGCAGAUCUGAGGUGCUACAGGUACAGCAUUUCCAAGGUUUUUCACCUUUCUGUACUCGCUGCCUGACGACAGAAGUCCAAUUGUCGAGCGCAGAAGAGAAGUAUCAGUGCCGGAAGAGAGCACUCAGAAUCUUUUUCCAGCGUUGCCGGCGCAAAUCCCCGCUCGCUGAAGAAUCUUGUUGCAAAAGUGACUACUUAGGUUGAAAACUAGUUUCCCUUUCAGGGUCGCUUCUUGCUAAAGCAAAAAAC